UCUCUUAUCAGAGCCUCUCUGAUCGUCUCUGAUCCUGAUGCGGGACCCUAUACUCCAAAUAUGGAACUACUCUUUUCCGGUGCAUUGACAGAUAGUUGGGCGGUACAUGUGUGUGUUUACUACAGAUAGAGAGGAGGCUGCUGCUGCUGCUGCUGGGUUGGCACACUCUGCUAAUAGAGUCACUGACUCGCGCGUCUUUUUCGAGCCCUCUCUGAAGUGGACUGCAUUUUAGACUUCUUCCAGUAGUGUGUUUCAUUUUGUGCAGGUGCUUUGGAACUUUGCCGGGAGACUUCAAUUGAACUCUUUCUAACUUUUGUCUUUAAAAGGCUGUAGCUAGUUUCACGACAAUCGUUUGUUAUCGAUUAACUGUUGGGGCACUGGAGCAACACUCUUCCAGUUUGUGUGCAGGUAACUGAGCUGGGUCACUGGUAGUGUGAUGGAGGAGUAAGAAAGCGGGGCUGCAGUUGGUGUUCAUGGAGCAGAACCCUGCUGUGAUGUGGAUCUGUCUGCUGGGGGCAACACUUGCCCUGGUUCUACCUCCAGCUGUCUCCUUAACGUCCUUGAAGACAGACCCCAGACCCCCCAGGCUGAUUGGCUGUGUGUUCAUAAAUCGAGCGAAUGUCACCUGCAGCUGGGAGCCGGGGGACACUCCAGCAACACACUACACUCUGCAAGUUAAGAGGAUCCCAGGGAUUCGAAGAUCUAACAUCUCAUUUAAAAGCCCUCUGACGACGUUCAGCUGUACCACGUCUGGCACCAGCUGCACAGCAGCGCUUAAUGGCUCAUCCGUGAGGUUUACAUUCAACAUUACUGUCACAGCUCACAGUCAGAGCGAGGAUAUAGUGUCACAAAGCCGCUGUCAGUCAGGUAGAAUUGAAGUGAUGUUGCCUCCUGCGAUUUUGAAAAGUGUAAAGCCCGUCAAAGAGAGACCUCAGUGUCUGAAUGUAACCUGGAGCAGCAUACUGUCUGAAUUUCCAGUGUCUCACCAUGAAAUCAAAGCGGGAGACCUGACAUCCCAAAUCCAGUUCACAGCAAAGGGACAGUUGGAUGUUCAGGUCCAAAAUGUGACAGUGAGAGACUACAGCUUCCUGGUGUGUGUCUUCAGACCUGAUACAUCAUACAGCAUCAGGCUGCGUCACCGCUACCUGAGCGCAAUGAGUCCCUGGAGCCUGUGGAGCAACGAAGCCCAGGGAGGGACAGCAGAGGACGCUCCCUCUGAUGCCCCAGCAUUCUGGAGACAAGUGAAACAGACAGACAUGAACGGUUGGAGACGGACCUCACUGCUGUGGCAGCCCCUGCCUCUCUCUCUUGCCAAUGGCAGAGUUCUGUUCUACAAUGUGACCUGUGAGACUGAGAGCAGUCAUGUCCUGAAUGAUCCUGGGAGCUGCAGAGAUUUGGAUCAUGCAAGUACCUCCUGUAGCCUGCUCCUCCCUGCUGGACGAUGCUCAUGCUCUCUGACGGCCUCGACCUCUGGAGGGACCUCACCAGAAGCUCAAAUAUGGCUCCUUGGAGCCUCUGACGCAGAGACACCAUCUAUGAGCAACCUCUCUGCAAGCCCCCUGGAUGACAGCCGGUUAGAUGUUCGUUGGACGGCUCCAGCUGAUUGGCCAUCAAGUGGCUACGUGGUGGAGUGGUUUGCUGUGAGAGACAAAAAUAGCAGCAUCCUUCACUGGAAGAGGCUGAAUAGUUCCUGCACAGCAUUAGUCAUCACAGAGGGAGUACAGCCCUUGGAGCGUUUUGCUGUUUCAGUCAGAGCGUUGUAUGGUGAAAGAGGGGCGGGUCAGAACAAGACCAUCUACAUUUAUACACUCCAAGGAGCGCCCUCUGCUGGUCCUUUAGUGGAAGUGAAGCAGAUCUCUGGCAGCUCAGUAAAGCUCACCUGGACUGCUGUACCUGUGGAGCUGCUUCAUGGGUUUCUCCGCAACUACACACUCUACUUCAAAACAGCAACACAACCAGCCAAGAGUGUGAGUGUGCCUGCUCAGGCUAACAGUUACUCUCUGAGGAAUCUGUCCCCUGGUAGCUACGACAUCUUCAUGCAGGCCAACACUGACCCUGGAGCUGGAAUAGUUGGACCCAUCACUAAUGUGCACAUAGGCUCUGACGAGGUUUCUUUAGUGGUGUGGGCCGUCCUUUCCCUCAUACUGACUUCCCUGGUGCUCGUAGCGGUGGCCUGUUUGGCACAGACUAAGAUGGUGAAAAAGAAGCUGUUCCAGGACGUCCCCAAUCCUUCCCAAAGCAGCUUGGCUAACUGGACCCCAAAACCUGCUUUGGAGGGCAUGAAGUGGCCUGCUGAUAAGAUACAGAUGAAAUACUCUGAGGUUGUUUUGCUUGGUGAAAGUAAGCUGCUGAACUCAGACCAUGACAAAGAAGACCUCACCUAUAAAAGUUUGUGUAAUCUCCAAACAUAUUCCUUGAAUGGCUACAAUCACUUUCCAGUAUCAGGGGCUCAGACUUGCAACAAAAGCUCAGCCAAAGCCAAGACAUCCUCUGACUCUGAUCUGUCUGCCAUCUACUCAGAUGUCCUCACCUCUCAGAUUCCUCAAAGUCUCCAGAAGCCCCUUCUGACACUUUCCCACCUUCAGUACGACUGGCAGCACAGCAUCAUCAGUGUCAGUGACGUUGAGUUACAGCCAGAGGGAGACAGUGAUCUGGAUGCUUCUCUACAGAGUAGAGCUGCUACAGACUCUGAGUCACCACUUUCCCAAACAUACGCACUGAAAGUCCUGUGUCAUACUCAGAGUCAAAGCUCUGACUCCAGCAGUGUCUCUCUGUCCUCUGUUUUCAUUUCUCCCCCAGCUGAAGUGAAGUCACCCCAACACCUCUUUUUAAAAAAAAUAUAUAACUCUGUCCCGACGCUCCAGUCGGACACUUUCACUCACCCUGAUAAUCUUUGUGGAACCAUGUCCGCCAUGCCGUUUCCUCGUUCUAUGUUUGUGGAUUUCUCCUACAGUCCAGUGGGGUAUGAUGACCCCUACGUGUGUCCUGCUGUUUAGGUUUUUGGAGAAUGUAUACUUUUUACUAAAUAAGCUGCAUCUGUGAGAAAUAUAUGCUCACCCUAUGACUCAAUGUGAUUUUAUUCUUCUGUGAAACUUAAAUCUGAUUAAGAGUUUUAAGUUUGUUAAUAUUUUAUGGUCAGUAUUACUGUAAACAUUCUUUUAAAGGAGUAGCUUUGGAAAUGCACUUUUUUUGAUUAGUUGUAAUGAGUUUUAUGGGAGGAUGUAUUCAACUGUUUGCUUAUGUUUAUUAAAUAUGAAACUGGAGGGAGCCAUUUGUUAGCCUAGCUUAGCAUAAUGACCGGAAACAGAGGGGAAACAGCUGCUAGCGUAUGUAUACAAACAUAUCUACUACUCAGCUGAUUUCAAAAAUAUUUUUAAAACAGUUAUUUAUUGUACUUUGUUGUCUUUCCUCAACACAAAGUUCAGUUAGCUGUCUCUUUUUGUUUCUACCCAAAGCUAAGCUAACUGACUAUAGCUCCAAUGUAACAUCUGAAACAGUGGGAAAGGGGGAUGAAUAUAUCAGACUGUAUAAAUAUCAAGUCUAUUUUUACAACAAAUAUAAUAUUAUCAUGCAGAUGUUUUAUUCCUGUGUAUAUGUUUUAAUUUUCAAAAGUGAAUGGCAGCUCUGAAAGCCCUAGGUGGACAUCUAAUUUAUUUACUAAAUUUUCCUGUUAUCCUGUUAAAAAUGUGUUGAAACGUUUGCAGGAGUGUACUUAAAUUUUUUUAAUGUCUGAUCCCUCUACCAUUCAUCUAUCUAAAAAAAAAUACGUGCGAAGUAUUUUCUAUAGUUGAAAAAAAUAACAGAAGAAAAUGUGCUGCAAUGAAAUGCAAAGAAAGUUAAACACUGCCUUAAUACAUUAUUUUAAAAUAAUGUCAGCCUCUGAAAACCUUAAUAACCAAUCAUAGUUUUGGAUUUCGGGUGGCUCCAUGUUGUAGCUAAUUAGUUAGGCACAGCCCUGACAGUAUUUUAUCACCUGUUUGUGGUAUUGGUGGAUAUUUGGUCUAUUGUGAAGUAUUUAUAAUGUCUUUUUGAAACUGUGCUUUAUUAUAUAUUUGAUUCUCAUAUUGCAAUGUGACAGCCUUAACUUGAAUACUGAGGAAUUUAAAUAACUCCGAAUAUGUCAGUGUCCUGACCAUAGACUGUAUAAAAUAGGUCCUGACAUUCGAAUGAGCCUGUUUCAUUUAUUAAUUUCUUUAUUUGGUGCAUCUUAAUCUAUGAACGUACAAUGUUGCAGCUAAAAACCACGCAACAAAAAGCUUUACUUUGACAUUGUGUUGUGUUACUUAAUGUGCAUGAUUUUUGCCUGAAUAUUGAGAAAAGGUAUCUAUUUCAUGAAAAGUCUUUAACUUUGAAGUAAGUAAUGAAACAUUGUAAAUAAAGAAACA